ACUCGUUUGCUGCCGUCGGUGCUUUGCUGGUGCGGUUUUUUUCUGGCUCCGUUUGAAAUUGUGUCGCAUGAAAAGCUUAUUAAACCACAAUUUUUCACUGUGAUCUUUGUCGGCAAAAGGCAUUUGUGAAUGUAAAGAGCAAUACACGCAUCCGAAUACGAAACGAGUUGGAAGUUCGCGUCGAGCACACUACACCACACCCACACACGCAUACUCUGCCCCGCUGCGUAGAUAUUGCGAAUGCAUACGGCUAAAGAUACAAAUAGAAAAAAUCUAAGCAGAAGAAAAAUUUUGUUAGUGAAGUGAAGAGGAAGUAGUGGUGACCUGUGCGCGUGUAGUUGUGCUUUCCCCGUGCGUGUCGUCAGUGUGUGUGUGUGUGUGCGUGUUUCUUUCCCUCCCCCAUUUUGCAGGCGCAAGUGCGAAGAGCAUAGCAGUAUCUGUAUCUCGCUAUGGGUAAACAAAAAAUUUACUGUGCAAAAUGCACGAAAAAAUGCUCCGGCGAGGUGCUGCGCGUGGCCGACAAUCACUUCCACAAGGCCUGCUUCCAGUGCUGUCAGUGCAAGAAGUCCCUGGCCACUGGCGGUUUCUUUACAAAAGACAGCGCCUAUUACUGCAUACCGGACUACCAGCGGCUGUACGGCACCAAGUGUGCCACGUGUCAGCAGUAUGUGGAGGGUGAGGUGGUCAGCACCAUGGGCAAGACCUACCAUCAGAAGUGCUUCACGUGCUCCAAGUGCCAGCAGCCAUUCAAGUCCGGCAGUAAGGUGACCAACACUGGAAAGGAAGUGCUCUGCGAACAUUGUGUGUCGGGUGGGGGCGGUGGUGGUGGUGUUGGUGGCGGUGCACCUGUUUCGCCGUCACGACAAACGUCUGUAUCGUCGCCAGCACCGCCAGCGGAGAGUCCCACGCGGGCCACAGCUCACCAGCAGCUGACUGGAGGGGUUAUCUCGCACAAGGCGCACCUGAAGGAGGACUACGAUCCCAACGACUGUGCAGGGUGUGGGGAGCUGCUGAAGGAGGGUCAGGCACUGGUCGCUCUCGACAGGCAGUGGCAUGUCUCCUGUUUCCGCUGCAAGGCUUGCCAGGUGGUGCUCAACGGCGAGUACAUGGGCAAGGAUGCGGUGCCGUACUGCGAGAAGUGCUACCAGAAGGGUUUCGGCGUCAAGUGCGCCUACUGCAACCGCUUCAUCAGCGGCAAGGUGCUGCAGGCCGGCGACAACCAUCACUUCCAUCCAACGUGCGCACGCUGCACCAAGUGCGGCGAUCCGUUUGGCGACGGUGAGGAAAUGUACCUGCAGGGCAGCGCCAUUUGGCAUCCACGCUGCGGCCCCGGUCCCUCCGAAUCGGGCAUAAUACUAAACGGCGGCGGCGGCAACACUUCGGUGGUUGGCGGCGCCUCCAAUGGCAACUUUACAGACACCGAAUGUGAUCGCAUGAGUUCCAGUGCACUGAGCGAAAUGUACAUCCGCUCCAGAACUCCGAGUAUAAACGGUUCACUUUAUUCCUCUAGCCGCAAGCAUUAUCGAACGGUCAGCCCGGGCCUGAUACUCCGCGAGUAUGGCCGACCUAUCGGUGAGGAUAUAUCGCGCAUUUAUACCUACAGCUAUCUGACUGAUGCGCCGCAUUAUCUGCGCAAGCCGAUCGAGCCCUAUGACAAGACGCCACUCUCGCCGCACUUUCACAGGCCAGCAUCAUAUGCGACGACCAGCAAUGCGGGCUCUGUGGCCGGCAGUCGUCCGCCCUCGCGUCCCCAUUCGCGCACGCGCAGUGCCAUGAAGGUGCUGGUGGAUGCCAUACGUUCGGAAACGCCACGUCCCAAGAGUCCGGGCAUGAACAACGAAGAACCCAUUGAGCUGUCCCACUAUCCGGAUGCCAAGAAGCCGUUGCCGGGCGAGCAGCCAAAAAUCGAAAGGGAUGACUUCCCAGCACCGCCCUAUCCCUACACUGAUCCGGAGCGCAGGCGACGCUAUAGCGACACAUACAAGGGCGUGCCCGUCUCGGAUGAUGAGGAUGAGAAUGUCCAAAAUGGCAAGCAAACGAAUGGCAAUGCCAAAAAUGGCGAGGAGCAAAGACGCCUUCAACGCGAGGCCGAGCAGCUGGAAAAGCUCAACUCUGGCAUUGGCUCGGUUAUUGCCAAGGAUCUGAAGGAGCACGCCAAGUACCGAAAGUGGAAGCAAAACAAUCUUGAUCCACGCAAUGCCUCGCGCACGCCUUCAGCCUCAAAGGAGCCGAUCUACAAGUUGAGAUAUGAAUCGCCUAUUGGAGCAUCACCAUCACGACAUCUGGACGCACAGAAGCCCUUCUAUGAGGACGAAAUGUUUGAUCGGUCCACCAGCUAUCGCGGCUCGCUGGGCAAAUCGCUGGGAAAUGCGCCCAGUUACAAUGUGGUGAGCGCCCUGCGUCAUGUACCCAAACCUGGAUACGGCCUGGCCCCACGAUCUCACACAUUCAGUUCCACAACAUCUGCCGCCGCCACGAUGCAUGGUGCCACUGACUUCUCUUAUGGAGGACUGGGCGACAAAACGCAUAGCACAGAUCUGAGCUGUGGCAAAUCGGAAGCUUCUGUGGAUUCGAUUACCGAGGGAGAUAGACGCGCCUUAAUGGGCGGCGAUUUGCCCGCCUCGAGCACAUAUUCUGGCGCACUUUCGUAUCACUAUCCGCAGGCGGGACUCAUUCGACGAAGUCUGCCCAAUAUGGCACACUCGAUGUUGGUGCAUGAGCCAGCCAAGAUCUAUCCUUACCAUCUACUGCUUAUCACAAACUAUCGUCUGCCCUCGGACGUUGAUCGCUGUAAUCUAGAGCGUCAUUUGUCAGACAUUGAGUUUGAGCACAUUUUGCAGUGCGCCCGAUCCGAGUUCUAUCGCCUGCCACAGUGGAGGCGCAACGAGCUGAAGCGUCGGGUGAAGCUUUUCUAAGCGAACGCUUAGACAGGGCAGGAUCUGCAACUACUCUAGUGGAGGCUGCUUGCGACGAAACCAAAAUAAUACAUUUUACCUUAAACGAAAGGAAGAAACAGAUAAACAUAAUGGGAAACUAUGCUAAUUUCACAGCCAGUUUUGAAACACGCUUUAAAUAGUUGAUGCAAGUGAAGCUAAAACUAAAACUAAAUUUAAACACAUAGUUACAGUGCGGAGCGGCGUGGAACGACCUGGGUUAGCUCCAGUUUAUUUUUUUAAGAAUUAGUUGCGCCCACAAAAGAGAGAAGAUUGUAACUUGAAAUGAAACAAACACUAAGGAAAAUCCCAAAUAAAUACGAAAUGUAUACAGAUUUCAAAUUAGUUCAAA